CCCCUCGGGCCCCCUCGAGCCCCGUAGCGCUUGAAGGGGCGGAGCCGUCUCCUCAAAUAUAAGGCUCCGGAGCCAGCAGCUGCGGCUCCUCAGACCUCCAAAAGGCCAUGGUCUGCCCGUGGAUGCCUCAACUCCUGUCGCGGGCGGUGAUCCUGGCGCUCUUUUUCCUUCCCCAGGCACGGCCGGCAGGCGUUUUCGAGCUUCAGAUUCACUCUUUCCGGCCGGGACCAGGUCCAGGGGCCCCCAGGUCUCCCUGCAGUGCCGGGGGCCCCUGCCGCCUCUUCUUCAGAGUCUGCCUGAAGCCAGGGAUCCCAGAGGAGGCGGCGGAGUCUCCGUGCGCUGUGGGCGCUGCGCUGAGUGCGCGUGGACCGGUCUACACCAAACUGUCCCGGGCUCCAGCUCCUGACUUGCCGCUGCCCGACAGCCUGAUGCGCGUGCCCUUCCGGGACGCCUGGCCGGGCACCUUCUCUCUCAUCAUUGAAACCUGGAGAGAAGAGUUAGGAGAGCAGGUUGGAGGGCCCGCCUGGAGUCUGCUGGCGCGUGUGGCCGGCCGGCGCCGCCUGGCGGCCGGGGGCCCCUGGGCUCGGGACGUGCAGCGCGCCGGCGCCUGGGAGCUGCGCUUCUCUUACCGAGCGCGCUGCGAGCCGCCGGCCGUCGGGGCCGCGUGCGCGCGCCUCUGCCGCUCGCGCAGUGCCUCCUCGCGGUGCAGCCCGGGACUGCGCCCCUGCGCGCCGGUGGAGGACGAGUGCGAGGCGCAGCCGGCAUGUCGAGCCGGCUGCAGCCCAGAGCAUGGCUUCUGUGAGCAGCCUGAUGAAUGCCAAUGCCUGGAAGGCUGGACUGGGCCCCUCUGCACAGUCCCUGUCUCCAGCAGCACCUGUCUCAGCUCCAGGGGCCCGUUCUCUGCUGUCACUGGAUGCCUCAUGCCUGGUCCUGGGCCUUGUGAUGGGAAUCCAUGUGCCAACGGGGGCAGCUGUAGUGAGACACCCGGAUCCUUCGAAUGUGCCUGUCCCCGUGGGUUUUAUGGGUUGCAAUGUGAGGUGAGUGGGGUGACAUGUGCGGAUGGACCUUGUUUCAAUGGUGGCUUGUGUGUGGGAGGUACAGACCCGGAUUCUGCCUACAUCUGCCACUGCCCACCUGGUUUCCAAGGCUCCAACUGUGAGAAGAGGGUCGACCGGUGCAGCCUGCAGCCAUGCCAAAACGGCGGGCUCUGCCUGGACCUCGGCCACGCCCUGCGCUGCAGCUGCCGCGCCGGCUUCGCGGGGCCACGCUGCGAGCACGACCUGGACGACUGCGCCGGCCGCGCCUGCGCCAACGGCGGCACGUGUCUGGAAGGCAGCGGCGCGCGCCGCUGCUCCUGCGCGCUCGGCUUCGGCGGUCGCGACUGCAGCGAGCGCGCCGACCCCUGCGCCGCGCGGCCCUGCGCCCACGGCGGCCGCUGCUACGCCCACUUCUCCGGCCUGGUCUGCGCCUGCGCGCCCGGCUACAUGGGCGCGCGCUGCGAGUUUCCCGUUAACUCCAACGGCGCGGACGACGACGGCGACAGCGUAGGCGCCUUGCCCGCGGCCCCGCGGGGCCUGAGGCAGGGUGGCCCGCAGCGCUUCCUUUUGCCGCCGGCCUUGGGGCUGCUGGUGGCUGCAGGUUUGGCCGGCGCUGCGCUCUUGCUGGUCCAUGUGCGACGCUGUGGCCCUGGCCGCGGUACUGGGUCUCGCUUGCUGGCGGGUACCCCGGAUCCAUCCGUCUUUGCGCUCCCAGAUGCACUCAACAACCUGAGGACGCAGGAGAGGCCCGGGGAUGACCCGAGCCCGUCAGUAGAUUGGAAUCGCCCCGAAGAUGGAGACUCUAGUGAGAUUUACGUCUUAUCUGCUCCUUCGGUCUAUGCUGGGGAGGUUCUCAAAUUUCCUUCCAAAUGAGAUGGAACAAGGCUAAGUAAGAUCCAACAGGGGAAUCUUCCUUAAUUUUGGGAAUAUCCUAAGACAGUUGCACAUUUCUUCUACGACUACUGUUACUACUACUACUGCUACCACUACCAUCACCACUACUGCUACUACUACUGCUACUCUGGAAAAUUACAAGCCUAUAUCAGCCAAUUUCUGCCAUCCUCCUUCCCCACAUUGUCUAGCAGGUAGUAGGCAUGGGCCUUUGGAAAUGAGCAAAAUUAUAGGAACUGAAGAAGUAAGAACAGAAAAAUAACAAGUGGAAUACAGCAGCAAAUGAAGGAGUCAUUUUAUUAGAACAUCAGCCAAGAUAUCUGCUUAUUCCUUGAAUUCAGUAAACAGAUACCAUAGAUUGAAUAAAUACCUAUAAAUUCAAGUUUCA